UUCAGCCGUGAGAUGAAUUGAGAUAACAUGUUCAGUAAUAAUGAAGUUUUUAUAUAAACACACGUCAAGUUUGCAAUACAUUUUCAUAUUGAUACUAAUUAUUUUACAAUUAACCAAAGCAGACCGUAGGGUACUAGAAGGAAAGGAGCCGACAAUCGACAGGAAUUAUGUGGUAUACUUUAUAAAAGCAGACGACUCGAUCCAAUACGACGCCUGGCUCUGCGGCGGUGCCAUAGUCAGCCCCUGGUACAUCUUAACCUCCGCCGCCUGCGUCGAGGACGUUAAACACAUGUACGCCAUCGCGGGCUACAAGAAAUAUGUGCAUUAUGAGCAGCUUAACUACGACGCGUGUGCUAAUCAUACCAAGAGGAAGAUCAUAUUCAAAUGCUUACCUAGAGAUUACCAACUUGACUAUCCAAGAGUAGAACGGUGGGCGAACAUCGACCUGGCGCUAGCACAAGUGGAGAAGCCGUACGAUUUCAACGACAACACAUACUUGGACCAUUGCUCGUACAUACCCAACAAGAUUGAGAUCAACUAUGACAAUAGGCUGCAGGAACCGGGCACUAAUGCUAUUGUGUUUGGGUGGGGGCAUGUGCAGAAAUGGAGACAAAUGGACGACACAUUAGAUUAUAACCAGGACUUCCUCCUCUACGGAUCAGUCAAGCUCGCCCCGAAACAAGAGUGCAUGGAAGACUUCGACAACGAUAUAUUUAGAAGUAUAAUAGAAAAGUAUAUGAUCUGCAGCUUCGAUGAGGGUAAUCUUGAUGAUGCGGGAGAUAUUAUCGCAGAUGGAGAUAACGAUGGACCUGAGAAUUUUGCAAGAGACUGCGGGCCGGGGGCCUUGAGGGUAGGAAGCAAGUGCGUCUAUUUAAGACAUUUUACAAGGAAAAGAGGCAUCUGUCAGAACGAUCACGGAGGUCCAAUAAUCACUUGGAGGGGUCCAAAAGAAGUUCUCAUAGGCAUUUCAUCCGUAUUCAAAGUUGAUAACGGCACGCAGAACUGCGUACCUCCAUUCCUAUACACCAGCACACAUUGCAAUGGAGAAUUCAUCCACUGUCUCAUGAGUUCGGCUGAGGAUGGAAAAAUGAACGAAGAAGAUACGCGCAGAUGUGACGCACUGGCAAAAGAAGGUGGUUUCAACAUCAUCAGACGAACCAUUUCAUGGAUCGGCCAUCCGGAUGGACCUGCAUACAAUGAAAUCACAGCGAAUUACCACAAGAAAGGAGAUAAAUCAGCGAACUCGAAUGUAAAAAUAAGACAUCAAAUUCCAAUCCAAAGUCGAAGUUAAAUUACCUAGUUCAAUAAAUGCUACCAUUUUAGUUAAAA